GGCCAUGGCGGGGGCUCCGCCCGCGGCGCCGCGGGGAUUCCUCGGGGAGGGGCCUCCUCCCGCUGCCGCCGACGUGCAACUUCUGGCCCCGCCCCUAUAUAAGGGGCGGCCUCAGCGCGGUCCUGACCGCGGCCGUCGCGUCUCCCGCAGCCGACCUGCGUUCGGACACCAUGGCAGACCAGUCUUUUGUGACUCUAGCCACAAAUGACUCCUAUGUGAAAGGAGCACUGGUACUUGGUUCAUCCUUGCAACAGUACAGAACAACAAGGAAGCUGACUGUACUUAUAACUCCUCAGGUCUCAGAUCUUAUGAGGAGAGUGCUGGAAAAAGUCUUUGAUGAAGUCAUACUGGUAAAUGUCUUGGAUAGUGGGGAUUCAGCACACUUGGCACUAAUGAAAAGACCUGAGCUGGGCGUCACACUAACAAAGCUUCAUUGCUGGGAACUGACACAGUUUUCAAAAUGUGUUUUCAUGGAUGCAGACACAAUGGUUUUGUCAAAUAUAGAUGAGCUUUUUGAGAGAGAAGAGCUGUCCGCAGCACCAGAUCCAGGGUGGCCUGACUGUUUUAAUUCAGGAGUUUUUGUUUACCGACCUUCCAUUGAAACAUACAAUCAGCUGUUACAGUUUGCGACAGAGACAGGCAGCUUUGAUGGUGCAGAUCAGGGGCUAUUAAACACCUUCUUCAGCAGCUGGGCAACAACAGACAUAAGCAAACAUCUACCGUUUAUUUAUAAUUUGAGCAGCACUUCUGUAUAUUCCUACCUUCCAGCAUUUAAAGCGUUUGGUGCAAAUACUAAGGUGGUGCAUUUCCUGGGAAGCACAAAGCCGUGGAACUAUACAUAUGACUCCAGAACAAAAAGCAUAAAGGGCAACAUGGAUGACCCUAAAAUAGUUCACCCAGAAUUCCUCAACAUGUGGUGGGAUACUUACAUAGCUGAUAUUUUACCAUUACUAGAACAGCAUGGAAUUGUUGAAGAAAUUACUACAGGGGUAAAUAUGGCAGAAGUUACAGAGGCAAUGUCCCAUGUAUCAGUAUCACCACUAUUACCAACUGAAUCUUCAGAAGAACGCAAGGAACGGUGGGAACAGGGCCAAGCUGACUAUAUGGGAGUGGAUUCCUUUGACAACAUCAAGAAGAAACUUGAUACUUACCUUCAGUAGAAGUGCCUGUCUCAAACAGUGGUGAUGCAAGGACUUGUUCCAGAACUAACAGCUAGAAAGGUAUAGAUGGUGGUCAGUUACACUUGCUAGUAGCUUGAGGAAAAACAACUUGGCUGAAGGCCUCUGCAGUGCUACAGAUGAAGACUGAGCAAAAGCUUGGAAGCAGAAUCCUUGAGCCACCUAUUACUGCCCAAUUUCCAAGUCUCCCUACUAGAUAAAACCAGGUAUUUUCAGCCUAAAAUUUCUUCUGUUUUGAUCAAUUGGCUCAACAUAUUCUUUAAACUGGGUUUGUUACCUCACCUCAUUAAGGUGAUUAGCAUUGAUUCCUUUGCUUGCUAUUUUAGAUGUAAAAUCUAAUUCAAGGGAUUGCUCAUACACUGGAGUGGUAGCCAUUCUGCUUUACCAUAUGUACCAAAUGUAUUAAUGACACUGGGAUACAUACAGUUGUAACAGUAAUAGCACUGCUUUGCUCUUCCAGUCACAAUUGCACUGAAUUUUUGACCAGGUUCUUACGCACAGUGCCUGCAGCAUGGCAGAAUGCAUUUUUCAGUUCUGUAUACUAUGGGACUAGUAAACUGAGUUUUAUCUGUUCCUUGCAAUGUUGCACUUGAUACAAAAAUAAAAAGUUGUCAUGCA